AUGAAUUUUCAAAACAGCUGUGAUUUAGAGAGACCCGACAGGAACGUAGACUUAGAGGCACCUGAAAAAACAUUAUUCGGCAUCGGAACCGACAACUUCAUCACGCUUCUGAUAUUCGGACUUAUUUUUACUUUGGGGGUCCUUGGAAACUCUCUGGUCAUCACCGUUCUGUCUCAACGCAAACCUGGGCAGCAUAGAAGUACCACCAAUAUCUUCAUCCUGAACCUCAGUGUGGCAGAUCUGUCCUAUCUUCUCUUCUGCAUCCCCUUUCAAUCAACAGUUUACAUGCUGCCCACAUGGAUCCUGGGUGCUUUCAUUUGCAAGUUCAUCCACUAUUUUUUCACCGUGUCCAUGUUGGUGAGCAUCUUCACCUUAUCAGCCAUGUCUGUGGACAGGUAUAUAGCCAUCGUGCACUGCAGAAAGUCAUCUUCCAUUAGAGUUGCGAAGCACGCAUUGAUCGGGGUGGUGAUUAUAUGGGUGCUCUCCUUAGCCAUGGCCACUCCGGUUGCCUACUACCAGGGCAUCGUGGAAAGUGAGGAUAACAGUACGUUUUGCUGGGAAGUGUGGCCAGACCACAACCAGAGGAAGAUCUAUGUGGUGUGCACAUUUGUCAUUGGAUACGUGCUGCCUUUGAUUCUAAUAUCUUUCUGUUAUGCAAAGGUCCUGAAUCAUUUGCAUAAAAAGCUAAGAAAUGUCUCCAAAAAGUCUGAGGCAUCCAAAAAGAAGACUGCUCAGACAGUCCUGGUGGUUGUGGUGGUCUUCUGCCUGUCCUGGCUGCCCCAUCACGUGGUGCACCUCUGGGUUGAGUUUGGCUCCUUUCCCCUCAACCAGGCGUCCUUCGUUUUCCGAGUGGUGGCUCAUUGUCUGGCCUACAGCAACUCCUCUGUUAACCCUGUUAUUUACGCGUUCCUCUCUGAGAACUUCAGGCAGGCGUAUAAGCAGAUGUUCCGUUGUAAGGUUGCUUCUGAGUGUCCUACCAAUGAGGCCAGAGAGAUGAAGAGCAAGAUGGAGGCAGCGCCGUCCACUAACUGCACCACUGUGUAG